UUUCAAAAUGAACAUCACAUCUGUUCGGUUCAAUUUGUUUGAGGUUUUGCUAGUUUUGCGGGUAUUAAUUAAUGUCUCAAAAUUGAAUAAAGUCGAUUAAAACUUCAUGUUUAAGGAAACUGAUUUUAAAAUAAUGUUCUACAUCACAAAAAUAUUUUUUCGUUCAUAGUUGAUUCGAUUUUAAGUACACGUCUCCGGAAACACGAUGUCUCAACAAAACAUUACCUGGAAAUGCAGAAAAUCGUCGACCAAGGUAGACCAAAGGAUACGAUUGGUUCGUGAAGAAGUUUCCAAUCAUCCUCUACAACGGUUCCAAAACAAAAAUCGUACUAAUACGACAGUAGAAAAACCUACUUUACUGAAUCAGCCACCUGUCCAGUCAACCAACAAGUUCACCUACGAUGCGAUGGAUCCAUUAGAUCGUAUGUUGGAGGGAAAUGAUCCGCUGAGUAUGUUUCAAAAGCAAGCUCAAGCUCAAGCUGAAGAUGAAGAUGACGAAUUAGAUAACAGUAUGACAGACAAUGUAAAAUUCAGAGGACUGGAAUCGUGGAACUCUAAAAAAGAAUCUAUGGUAUCGAAAUUCAAUUCCAGUGAAAUUCUAACAAUGACUAGUUGCUUUUCGUUACAAGAUAAAGGUACAUCUUUACUGAAAGGAAAACCGAACCGUCCCGAUGAUUAUGAAGAUGGAAUUAUUUUCGAAAUAAAUGAUAUUCACCCUCAGGAUUAUUGUCGGCGAAUAGAUAAAUUUCAUAAGGAGGUUAUUCGAGCUUGGAACGAAGAUCAACGUGUCAGAGCUUUAAAAAUUGUGAUACAGUGUUCCAAAUUACUAUCAGAUUCUUACGCUUAUUGGUUCUAUCCCGUUAAAUACUGUCACAUCACUGAGAUUCUCGAUACUUUUGGCGAUCUUGUAUACCAAAGACUGAAGGAAAAAUGCGUUAUGACCGGGUAUAACCAGUUAUUCGGUAAAAAUUUGAAAAAAUUCCCUGAUAAUUUUACCCUAGAUAUGGUACCCGAUGCAGCCCAAGAAACGUGUCAUAAUUGGUUCUACAAAAUAGCAUCAAUCAGAGAAUUGAUACCGAGGCUUUACGUAGAAUUAGCUUUGCUUAGGUCUUAUGCCUUCAUAACUAGCGGAAAAAAUGGCGAAAUAUUAAGGAGAAUCUCUGAAAUGAUCAACGGUGUCGGUGAUCCGAUAGUUUCGAUGUAUUUACGCUGCUACGUUUGUCGUGUAGCUUUGAAAUUUGGAGCCGAAGAUUAUAAAUUUUUCAAUGAUAAUUUCGAAUCUGUUCUUCAAAUGACAGCCAAAAUAUACGCCAGUUGUAAAAAUUUACGUUUAACAUUAGAAUUCCCGAAGUACAUAGAAUCUUGUAUGCCACCGAUGCAGUGGAUGUUUCAAGGUAUACUUUCAGAUGUAUCAGAUUUAGAACUUGAUAACGUUCAUUCACAAUGGGUAUCUUAUUUUGAUGAAGAUAAUGACAACGCAAUAUUACUCUAUUUACUGUUAACCGCAUCAAAACCAUAUUAUAUUGCAACAAAUGGGCCAAAAUUUUUGAAAUUAAUAGAGAAUGCGAAUCACCUAGAUGUUCCAGUGUAUAAAUUGUUGUUGAAUCUUGGUCGAAAUUAUGAAGAGUUCAUGAAGGAAAAUCCAUGUAAUGUGCAACCGGCUAUAAUUAAGGAUAUUUGGCCUAUGAUUAAUAGCGUGGAUAGUGGUGCUGAUUAUAUGUUAGUUGUUGAUCAAUGGAUACCAUUGAGUAUGCCUCAUUUUACUGUGGCAAAAGUAGAUGAUUUGUUUACCAAUGUUCAGAAAUAUUUAGCGAAAGGAAACUUCACCGAACGUAUGUACGCUCAAUUGGAAAGCGUCAUUAGAAACUUGAGUGAUGGAAUUGAAGAUUUUACGUCACUUGUGAUCACUGAAAGUUUGUUACCAUUUUUAAAUCUGUUUCGUUCGGAAACGUCGAAAGUCAACGUGUGUAAAAUUAUGAUGGAAGCUUUUGUUAAACGUAGUAAUGAGACUUUCGUUAAUGAUACAGUAGUACUGAACAAUAUAAUGCAUAUUGCGCGGAUUCUACACGAUUCCAUCAAUGCUCUUGCCGUUGAAGACGAGAAAAAGCAAAUCAGCAAUCUGAUUUCAACUUUUGUUCGAAGGAUUGAUUUCGGUCGUGAUUUCGAACAGUUAUUAGAUUUUUACGUAGAAGCCAGAGGCACGUUUUAUAAUCUGGAUGUCGUUCAUGCUACCUUAGUUCAAUGUGUAAAUAAAUUAGCUUUCGAAACAUUGAAAGUAGUUAAAGGACGCCACACAUCAAAAACAUCUGAUUUUGUUCGAGCUUGUGCCGCGUAUUCUUUUAUAACCAUUCCAUCAAUAACAUCUCCUCUAACUAGACUUCAGCUAUACAUGAUAUCGUGUCAAACAACCUUAGCCAAUCAGUGUCUUGGUCAAGCUGAUGCUUACUUUAAAGCCAUUAUCGAUACUGUGGCUGACGUUCCCAAAGUAAUUGGGGAAAAGGGAGAGGAAAAACAUACUCAGAAUAUUUUAAUUCCUUAUAUCAAAGAAUUUAUGUCUAUUUUAUUAGUUGCUCCGGAUAAUCCUUCGGACGACGGAUCUUUAGUUUUGGUUCGUACUUUGGCUAACGUAGUGAAACAAUAUGCUUGGGAAGAACCGAAUUACGUCAAGAUUCAUCUAUUUGUGAAUAUUCUUCAUUUGUUGAGUGUCGAGUAUCAAGAUUAUUAUCCCUAUCAUUUCUUUAAUGUUGAUUCGAACGAUAUCCUGUAUGCAUCUGAUUUACAAUUUCGAGAAGAAGUAGAAACCAUUUCCACGGUAUUGUUGAAGCAGAUCUUGACUCAUUUAAAAUUAAUAGGCGAUAGUGAGGAAGUUAGGAAGCAAGCUGAACUUGCGAUAGAACUAUUUAUGUGCAUCAUGCUAAGAGCAGAUAUACUCAGUAUAGAUGUAGCUAAAUUAUCGAUUAAUUUGUGGAAUUUGGCCAAUAAGCACGACUACGUCGAUAAAACUCCGGCGCUAAAUAUAGUCAAAUACUGUUUACGAAGUUCUGAACCGGAUUCCGAGUAUGCUGAAAUGUAUUCCAAGUUGCUGAGUAAAUUUGAAUAGUUAUAUGUAGUUAAAUUAUGUUACUUAUCAUGUCAAUUAAUGUUUAUCCAAUGCCAUGUUUUUCUCAUCAAAGAAUUAUUCUUGUGAUUUAUGUACCUAUAUUUCUUAUGCAUUUUAUUUGUACCAAAAUUUUUAGUUGAGUUAUUUAUUUACGAAUAAAUUUUUAUGGAACGUGU